AUGGCUCGUCCUGUGCCACCCUCAGGGUCCCACCCUGCCCCUGUCCUUGUGCCCAUGGCUCGUCCUGAGCCCCCCUCAGGAUCCCACACUGUCCCUGUUCUUGUGCCCACGGCUCGUCCUGUGCCACCCUCAGGGUCCCACCCUGCCCCUGUCCUUGUGCCCAUGGCUCGUCCUGAGCCCCCCUCAGGAUCCCACACUGUCCCUGUUCUUGUGCCCACGGCUCGUCCUGUGCCACCCUCAGGGUCCCACCCUGCCCCUGUCCUUGUGCCCAUGGCUCGUCCUGAGCCCCCCUCAGGAUCCCACACUGUCCCUGUUCUUGUGCCCACGGCUCGUCCUGUGCCACCCUCAGGGUCCCACCCUGCCCCUGUCCUUGUGCCCAUGGCUCGUCCUGAGCCCCCCUCAGGAUCCCACACUGUCCCUGUUCUUGUGCCCACGGCUCGUCCUGUGCCACCCUCAGGGUCCCACCCUGCCCCUGUCCUUGUGCCCAUGGCUCGUCCUGAGCCCCCCUCAGGAUCCCACACUGUCCCUGUUCUUGUGCCCACGGCUCGUCCUGUGCCACCCUCAGGGUCCCACCCUGCCCCUGUCCUUGUGCCCAUGGCUCGUCCUGAGCCCCCCUCAGGAUCCCACACUGUCCCUGUUCUUGUGCCCACGGCUCGUCCUGUGCCACCCUCAGGGUCCCACCCUGCCCCUGUCCUUGUGCCCAUGGCUCGUCCUGAGCCCCCCUCAGGAUCCCACACUGUCCCUGUUCUUGUGCCCACGGCUCGUCCUGUGCCACCCUCAGGGUCCCACCCUGCCCCUGUCCUUGUGCCCAUGGCUCGUCCUGAGCCCCCCUCAGGAUCCCACACUGUCCCUGUUCUUGUGCCCACGGCUCGUCCUGUGCCACCCUCAGGGUCCCACCCUGCCCCUGUCCUUGUGCCCAUGGCUCGUCCUGAGCCCCCCUCAGGAUCCCACACUGUCCCUGUCCUUGUGCCUAUGGCUUGUGCCACCCUCAGGAUCCCACACUGUCCCUGUCCUUGUGCCUAUGGCUUGUGCCACCCCCAGGGUUCCCCACUGUCCCCGUCCUUGUGCCCACGGCUCGUCCUGUGCCACCCUCAGGGUCCCUCCAGCCCUGACAGCUGUGACACCUCUUGUCAGGCGGGCUAUGUGCCACUGUCACCUGGCACACCCCCUACAUGGGGUCAUUCUGACAGAGCUGGGCCACCAGGUGUCUUUUUUUAA